AUGUUCAGCAGCAACAAGAUCUUCGCCGUGUGCAUCGCCGUCGUGGUGUUAUCCAGUGGCAUACACGCUGAGAAGGAAGUCGCCGAGACGUUUGGCCGUUACCACAACCAUGGCUUGGGUGUGGUUGUUGGCGGCGGUGUCGGCCUUUACCACAACCAUGGCUUGGGUGUGGUUGUUGGCGGCGGUGUCAACGGCGGUGUCGGUGUUGGUGUCGGUGUCAACGGCGGUGUCGGAUAUGGUGCGCCGAGUUAUGUCGGCUACGGCUACCCCGGUGUCGGCGGUGGAGUCGGCGUAGGUGUCAACGGCGGUGUCGGAUAUGGUGCGCCGAGUUAUGUCGGCUACGGCUACCGUGCGGGUACGUCAACUGGCGGUACAGCAGGUGCGUCGACUGGUGGUGCAGCGGCUGCGUCGGCAAGCGCCACAGCAAGUGCCUCUGCGAACGCUGGGGCUGGAAAUGGAGUCACGUACCGCAAGCUUCGCUCGGCGGCGUAA